CAAAGCUCAGGUAGCGUGGGUGUGUUCGAAUUAUGCUGCCUACCAGUGCAGCGAAGCACUCCGCUUCGAUCUUGCAUAAGCCGUGUAUCUCCAGCUUGUCUCAUGCGCCAUAGAUCGUUCGCCAUACGCCGCCGCUAUGUUGAUUCUUGCGCGCGAAAGAGCCCAGCGAUGUGCCAUAUUACAGGUGGUUACUUCUUGUGCCCUCCCAUCUUCUUCAGCUCCUCUCUGUAACACCAGUCAGCAUCGCCCCAUACAACCUCACCAAUACUCGCUUGGCUGCAUGUCCUCACUCACUUCAACUGUACCGAAAAGUCAUCGCUCGUAUCAUCAUCAUCCCAACUCUCCUCCCACAAGUGCGUAUUGGUCGCCUGCGCACCAACUUCCUCCUCCUUUGUCCACUCAUCUACGGGGAAGUCCUCGAACUCGUCGUCCUCUUCUAAUUGCGCCGCCGGUUUCUGUGGUUGGAGCGGCUGCGAGGUGUCCUUGUUGUCGGAGACGUUGGCGCGGAGUUUGCUGGUGUCCGAGUUGGAUUCCGCAGAGCCGGACAUGAUGGAGGUGGAGAUAGGGGAGUGAGUGAGUGGUUAUGGGGUGGAUGAUGGCUGGGAUGUGGUCGUCGCUUAGACAAGAGUGCAGUAGAGAGCUUUGAUGCCUAAGGCCAUAGAACUUGCAAGGCAUCAGUCGGGACCGAGGAUCGGAGUGCUUG